UUCAUCUCCUCCCACUUUAAUUCUUCGCCGACUUCAUCAUUCUCUUGUUGCGUGCCACAGUCUAUCUGCGUGACGGUUUUUGUCUAUUUGCGUCUUUGAUAUAUUUAAACCAAAAGUGAUACGAGACGCCGGAAGAUGUAUUCAUCAGUCUAUCUUCUUUUAUCUAUCGUUUUUGUUGGAGGCUCCAAUGCACACGACUGGGAUUCGUUUGAAUCCCACCAUUCAGAACCCAGGUUACGAACUUCGAACCUAGACGUUGGCGAGUAUUGUGCAACGUUUCACGAGAAUUAUGUGUAUUAUUGUCGUGGUAUCUGGACAGCAGAGAAGCUUCUUGAACAUCGUAGUAUCAUGAAAAAGAUUGGAAAGUUUUGUCCGAGUUACAAAUCAGCAUGUGUCACGAGAACAAGAAUUGACCCAGAAGAGGAAAGAGAACGAAAAGAAGAUCAUAAAAAAGAAUUGACAGAUGAUGUUGGGGAUAUGGCAUUCGAUGAUCUCAUGAGAAAGCUUGAAAAGAUAGUUCCAUGUCGUCCAAACUGCAAUGUUUCAGUUCAUCCGCACUGUACUCGUCAGUGUAAGUGUGAAUACGAAUACCAUCGGAUGCAAAAAUGGUGUAAACCGCCACGAAUUGAAGAGAGAUUCAAAUACUUUUGCAGAAUCUGGUACAUGUCUUGUUCUACAUAUAUCGAGGAGCUUGAUCCAGAAAUGGCAGACGCUUUUGUUUCUCAAUACGCCAACUACGGGAACUAUCACGGUUAAACUAUUUGUUUUUUUUUAUUUAAAAGAUUUAUUUGACAAAGAAGGUAUCUUCUAACAUUUGGAAAGCACAAUAAAUAAUAUAAAAUUUCAGUUGAUAUCAUGAUUAUAAAAAUUUUUAGAU